AUGGCAAACAGCACAACUACCAGUGACAAUGGAAUCUACGAAUACAAGCCAAAUCAAACCGCAACCAUAGUAAUGGCUACCCUGUUUGGAGUCAGUGCUGUCUAUCAUCUCAUAGUUAUGAUAAGAAAAAAGACAUGGUUCUAUAUUUCAUUGGUUGCUGGUGCUAUAAUGAUGACUGUUGGAUACAUUGCCCGCUACAUUUCCGCAAAGUCACCCCUCGAGCUUGGGCCUUAUAUCAUACAGUCGCUCUUUAUCAUCCUACCACCUUCUCUAUACGCGGCAACCAUAUAUAUGAUCUAUGGUCGUAUAGUGAAUUUUGUCCACUCACCUGACGCAAGCAUGAUUCCGCAUAAUCAUGUUACGAAAAUAUUUGUUUGCGGAGAUGUUAUCUCGUUCUUCAUGCAAGCUGGUGGCGGGGGUAUGAUGGCCCAGCCCGAUAUGGCAGCUCUGGGACAGAAAAUUAUGCUUGUUGGGCUCUUUACUCAACUCCUCUUUUUCAGUUUCUUCUUGACUAUUUCCUUGGUAUUUUGGAGGCGAAUGCAAUAUUCUGCUAAGCUAUACACUACACCAGAAUAUGGAAAGCACACGUGGAAGUCUCUGAUAAAGCUCUUAUUCGGAGCUGCUGUCAUUAUCAUCUUGAGAUGCGUCUACCGCAUUGUGGAAUUUGCUCAAGGAAACGACGGUUAUCUUGCAAGUCAUGAAGUUUAUAUGUACAUUUUUGAUGCUGUGCCGAUGUUCAUUGUGCAGGUGAUGUUUCAUUUUGUUCAUGCGGGCAAUGUUUUCCCUUCAGGUUUCGGCGAACCAAUGCAACAGGAUAAUGGGACUUAUAAGAAGCCGCUCAUGGUACUUCACGGCAUAAUCGGGUAUGCUGCACGAGCCGUGGCGCAUUCAAAUCCGAAGAGUAUACCUAUCUAUUCGAUCCAAACUCUCUUGAUUCUAUUAGCGCCUCCACUUUACGCCGUAUCUAUCUACAUGGUCCUUGGGAGGCUCAUCGCGCAUCUUGGUGCAGAGAGCUACAGUAUAGUGCCCUUACGGUGGCUAACAAUCAUUUUCGUUACGGGAGAUAUAAUUGCAUUUGUGAUGCAGGCAGCAGGAGGAGGAAUCAUGGCAAGCGGCACAAUAAGUGCAAUGACAACAGGCGAACACAUUACAAUCGGCGGUCUCUGUGUGCAACUCCUUUUCUUUACCGUCUUCGUGAUCACAUCUGUUGUCUUCCAUAUGCGUAUUCGCUCAAAAUACGCUCAACGAACUAUCGGAGUUCAACAAGAUCGUCACGGGAAAACUGUUCGCAGUUGGGAAUCUGUUCUUUGGGGGCUGUACUUUGCCAGUAUUUUGAUUCUGGUCAGGUCAAUCUUCCGACUUGUGGAAUAUGCACAGGGGAAUGAUGGCUAUUUGAUUAGCCAUGAGGUAUUCAUGUAUGUUUUUGACGGCGCUUUGAUGUUCUGCGCGAUGAUCGCGAUGAACGUGUUUCACCCUUGCAGGGUUCUAGCUCCAUCUUCGAAAAGCGGCUGCCACCAAUUGGAGGAUCAAAUACGAGAAGAAUAA